GAAGUAAGGUAAUGUGCCCCAGGUCAGGCCCGUCUAGUGAAGACGUUAGUGCACAGUGUUUGUACGUUACAAUUCACACACAAACACGCCAUUCUUUCCAACCCAUAGAACAACACCAACCCCAAAACCCCUAAGCCAUAGAAUGAACACGAAAACAAGAAGCACGACCAAAUAAGUAGUAGAAAAAAUAACCCAAACAAAAAGGAAAAAAAUGAACCCUAAUGGUUGGAUUUAAUUAUUUUUAUUUUUAUUUCUAUAUAUUUAUUGAUAUAAAUAUUAUUUGAAAAAAAUAAUAAUUAAGGGAUUGGAUUUGAAGAGGUGUGAGAAGAGGGGGCGGGUCUUAGGAAGAGCCAGUUUAUGGUUAAAGGCAUCAUAUCUUUUUUCUCGUAUCGUAUGGAAAACCACCAAAACCACAAGGCAGAGCCAGACGCAGAGCAAGAGGAGAGCCACCACCAUAACCAAGUUUGGGGCACGUGGGAGGAACUGUUGCUAGCGUGCGCCGUGAACCGUCAUGGCUUCAAGGACUGGGACACCGUCGCCAUGGAGGUGCAGUCACGCACGACGCGCCUCCUCGCCACCGCGCGCCACUGCGAGCAGAAAUUUCACGAUCUCAACCGCCGAUUCGCCGACCAAUGCAACGACGACGUUCCGCCGCCGUGCCAGAACGGCGCCGCCGCCGGCGACAACUCCGAUCACGUCCCCUGGCUCGACGAAUUGCGGAAACUCCGCGUCGCCGAACUCCGCCGCGAGGUCCAACGCCGCGACGUUUCCAUUCUGUCGUUGCAGUUGGAGGUGAAGAGGUUAGAGGAAGAGAAAGCAAAAGAGAAUGACGGAAAAGAAGACGAGAAACCAGAUCUGGCGGUUUCCGGCGAUGCGCGGCCGGAAAACGACAAAACCGGCGGAGAAGUUGAAGAGGCUGGACCGGCCAAUUCUGAACCGGAGAUUCGGCGGCUCGAUGAGAGCACAACUAACACAGAUAAGAUGUUACCAACAACGGGUGACGAAUCGGACCGGGAGAACCAGUCGGUUAACGAGUCUAACUCGACCGGUUCGCGGUUCGAGAAAACCGGAGAGGGGGACGCAAAGUUAGGGCCUGGACCGGUUCCGGUUCAUUCCGGUCCGAAAGAACCGGAUCCGGUUGGAAGAAAGGGUAAGCCGGUUGGAGAGGAAUCGAAUAACGGAAGCUACGAUACUUUGGCUAAGGUGCCUACGUGUGAGUCGGUGCCUCCGAGUGAGGAGAGGAAAGUGGAGGAGGAUGGCUCGUCCGAGUUGCACGACUCGGUGGCUCACUCGGGAGAGGGAGGGACGAGAGAGAGCAGCGAGGUGCAAAGUUCCGCGAGUUUGACGAGGAAGAGGAAGACGCGGCGGAGGAAGGAGGUUUCCGGCGGUGACCCUCAAGGGGGCGAGGUGGCGCCGGAGAACGAUGAGGUGGCGAUGGCGAAAUCAGAGCCGUUGGUUGGGGUUUUGGAGUUGAUCAAGGGACAUGAACAAAGCUCAUUGUUCGAGCGCCGUCUUGAAAGCCAGCAGGAGUCAGAUAGAUACAAAGACAUAGUGAAGCAGCACGUGGACUUGGAAACAAUUCACUUAACACUCCAAAAGGGUUUGUAUUCCUCAUGCACUAGCGCAUUUUACCGGGAUCUCCUCCUCCUCUUCACCAACGCCACCGUGUUCUUCCCCCAUGACUCCACCGAAUCACGGGCGGCGCGGCAGCUGCACCGCCUCGUCACUGCCGAGAUGAAGAACCAUGGCCAAACACAAUCCGACUCUAUCCCUCGGAAGAACGAUUCACUCCCUCCAAACGCACCACUAGCCAAACCAGACUCUCUCCUCUCCAAGCACAAAGCCUCUGCUCCUAUAUUGGUUUGCCGCAAACGCAGUUCAAUCUCCGCCAAACCUUCCUCAGCCACCUUUGGCCAAAAGGGUGACCAACCCAUCUUCAACGACAAGAAGGAAAGGACACCUUCUGAUGCCAAACCACCCUUGAAACCCUCUUCUUCUGAUACAGAUGAAGAGGAGGUUCCCAAGGCCAAGGAAAAACCUGUCACUGGAGCGAGAAGCCUGAGGAGGAGUAACAAGAACCUCAAUAAUAAGAAACUCCCCUCUAACUCCACUCCAAAGACAGGGUCCUCGGCCAGCAAGCCGCCGGAGACCCCUAGACCAGAGAAGAGCAAAGCAGAGGGAGGGACAGACAAGAAGAGGAAUGCUGCUGCCGAUUUCUUAAAACGGAUUAAGCGAAACACUUCAGUGGAAGCAUCAAGGGGUGGUGGGGGCGGAAGUGGUGGAGGAAGUAGUAGCGGCAGCAGGGGUGGUGGAGGUGGCGUUAGUGCCAAAGAGCAGAAGAAAGUAGUGAAUAAUGGGAAGGGGGAAAAAGGGAAAGAAAGGGCUUCAAGAUAUAACAGUGGAGGAGGGUCAGGGGAUAAAAGGAAUAAUAAGAAUAUUGAGAACAAUUCUCAGUCGAAGAGGAGUGUUGGUAGACCGCCAAAGAAGGCAGCAGAGACCAAUGCAGGUAGUGCAAAGCGUGGGAGGGAAAGUAGUGCAAGUGCUAGUAAGGAUAAGCGACCCAAGAAACGUUCCAAGAAAUGAUUUCAAGUUUCAUAGUUAGCUUCUCUUUUUACCCUGUAUAUUAUUAUUGUCAAAACAUGUGUUUCUUUCUUCCUUCCUUUAUUUUAUUAUACUGCUAAUUUAUUGAUCAGCUGUAGGCUGUAGUCAGAUGCCAGGUACAUGUAACAGUAUUUUGAUUUGGGCUAAACCUUGUAACAACAUUGUCCUUUUGCGGACUGCUUUUCUUGAUUUUUGGUUUAACAGGAAAGCAUAGUCAGUGCUUGUUCUCGUU